AUCGGUCAAGUUUUGCCAGAUGCAACGACAACAGCGUUUGAGUAUGAAGAUGAGGAUGGCGAUCGGAUUACUGUUAGAAGCGAUGAAGAAAUGAAAGCCAUGCUAUCCUAUUAUUGCUCCACUGUAAUGGAACAGCAAGUAAAUGGACAGUUAAUAGAGCCUCUACAGAUAUAUCCAAGAGCCUGCAAGCCUCCUGGGAAACGGAACAUACAUGGCCUGAAGGUAAAUACGCGAGCAGGGUCUGCUAAUAAUAGCAGUUCGGCGGUCUCGGAUUCCCUUCCAAGCAAUAGCUUAAGAAAGUCUUCUGCAGAGCUGAAGAAAAUACUUGCAAAUGGCCAGAUGAAUGAACAAGACAUACGGUAUCGAGACAUCCUCGGUCAUGGCAAUGGAGGCACAGUCUACAAGGCAUAUCAUGUCCCUAGUGGAAAAAUACUAGCAGUAAAGGUCAUACCCUUAGAUAUAACACUGGAACUCCAGAAGCAGAUAAUGUCAGAGUUAGAAAUUCUCUAUAAGUGUGACUCGUCUUAUAUCAUAGGAUUUUAUGGUGCUUUUUUUGUAGAAAACAGAAUUUCGUUGUGUACAGAGUUCAUGGAUGGGGGUUCUUUGGACGUUUAUCGAAAAAUUCCAGAACAUGUACUCGGAAGAAUAGCAGUAGCUGUUGUGAAAGGCCUUACCUAUUUAUGGAGUCUAAAGAUUUUACACAGAGAUGUGAAGCCGUCUAACAUGUUGGUGAACACGCGAGGCCAGGUGAAGCUGUGUGACUUUGGGGUUAGCACGCAGCUGGUGAAUUCUAUAGCCAAGACGUAUGUUGGAACAAAUGCUUAUAUGGCGCCUGAGCGGAUUUCAGGAGAACAGUAUGGAAUUCAUUCGGACGUUUGGAGUCUAGGGAUUUCCUUCAUGGAG